GGAACCAGCACCAUCGGCACCGCCAUCACGCCGAGCGUCGGCUCCUCAACGCCAUGACAAGGUGAGAUGCUACGCACGUCAAGACAACCAUGACGUUGACCACACCUCUCUCAUCACAAGACUCCUCCCCCCACAUGGUAAGCCACUCCCACACCGUGCCGCUGCUGAGCCCGGCAGCAGGAGGUGACCGCGAAGGGCUUCGGCGGCGGCGCGUCCUUUCCAAAGAUGGGCGCAGCAACGUGCUCAUCGAGCACGUGAGCGGCCGCCGAAGGCUUUACCUCCGAGACCUCUGGACAACUUUUCUGGACAUGCAAUGGCGCUACAAGUUCUUCUUGUUCUGCGCCACCUUCGCGGGGACCUGGUUCCUGUUCGGGGUCUUGUGGUACCUGGUGGCUGCCGUGCACGGUGACUUGACAGACUCUGCCUCAUCACUCAAUCACACGCCGUGCGUGACUGAAGUGCACACGCUAACGGGGGCCUUCCUGUUCUCGCUGGAAUCGCAGACCACCAUCGGCUAUGGCUUCCGCGUCAUCACCGAGGAGUGCCCCGCCGCCAUCGUGCUGCUCAUCUUCCAGUUGGUCGUCACCAUGGUCAUGGAAAUCUUCAUCACCGGCACCUUCCUGGCCAAGGUGGCGCGCCCCAAGAAGCGUGGCGAGACCGUUAAGUUCAGCCGGAACGCCGUGGUAUCCACGCAUGACGGGCGGCUGUGUCUCAUGGUCCGGGUCGCCAACAUGCGCAAGAGCUUGCUGCUGGGUUGUCAGGUGACAGGGAAGCUGCUCCAGACGUCAGUGGGCGAGGAGGGCGAGGCGCUGCAUCUGGACCAACGGAAUGUUUCCUUCCGGGUAGACACGUCCAGCGACAGCCCCUUCCUCAUCAUCCCGUUGACCUUCUACCACGUCAUCGACGACAGCAGCCCCCUGCGAUCCUGGGCUGCCCAAGGUGGCGGCUGGACGGCCGAUUUCGAGCUUCUGGUCAUCCUGAGCGCCACAGUGGAGCCCACGUCAGCCACCUGCCAGGUGCGCACUUCGUACCUCCCCGACGAGAUCCUUUGGGGCUACGAAUUCCCUCCAGUUAUGUCACUGAGCAUGUCCGGGGGCUACGUUGCCAACUUUGCCUUCUUCGACAAGGUGUCCAAAGCCAAAAUGCCACAGUCUGACAAGGCUGGCACGGACGUAGAGAAGUUGAGACCGGAACGUCUGAGUGUGCGGAUCAGUAACGUUUGACACGGAGAUUGGAAAUUACCUAAUUUAACAGUCUGUCAUGGGCUAUGGUCUUUUAUGGUGUGCUAUAUGUUACGAAUGGACAGAGUGUGGUUGGGUUUAGACUGGAAGUGCAAGGUUGUGGUUACUAGGUUAAGGUUAGGCAGGUUAAGGAGGUUAGGACUAGUUUGAACAUUAACAUUUUGUUUUGUGUUCCUAUCCUUCACAUAAUAAACUCCAGAUGUCUCUUGAGACGACAACAACAAUCGUCCUUGUGAAAGUGCGACUAUAGACAGGCCCCAUAUUUUGAAAGGCAUAAUUUCGUUUAGUUUUGUUUUAAUUUUUAUUUUUUUUUGUGUGUGUUUGUGUGUGUGUGUGCGGGGGGCUAGGUAGAGGCUGUAACUAUAACUACUUUUACCCCCCACCCCCGCCAUUGAACAUCC